AUGACGUACACCGUGUGGCUAUUAUCUACAGAGGCGCGAGGUUACGAAAUGCCAAAUCAAAGGCACUCCUCUCGGGCACUGCCUGCUCAGCACGAUGCAUCACUCGCCAGCCCAACAGAGCUGGCCUCCAUCUGCCUGCAGGUGUUGGUCAUGGACCUCUGCAUGCCGGGGGCAAAAGACCCCUCGGGCUCUUCCCCAAGGAGGGAGUGCCGCCUCUGCAGAUUGGCCCAGGUGGUGCUGAGCAAUGGCAGGGCCAGUAUAAAAGCUCUGCCUCUGCCAGGCUCUCCCUACCACUGCUCUGGCUGCCUUCUCCUCGGGGAGCAAUCUCUGCCCUCUUGCAGAGCACCGUCCGAUCCUGCAAAGAUGUCUUGCUACGACCUGUGCCCACCGAAAACCAGCGUCGCCGUCCCCCAGCCCAUCGCUGAGAGCUGCAACGAGCUGUGCGCCCGCCAGUGCCCCGACUCGAGCGCCUUCAUCCAGCCGCCCCCCGUCGUCGUCACCUUCCCCGGCCCCAUCCUCAGCUCCUUCCCCCAGCAAGCCGUGGUGGGCUCCUCCGGAGCACCCGCCUUUGGGGGCUCCCUGGGGCUGGGAGGCCUCUACGGCGCCGGAGCCACGCUGGGCUCGGGGGGCCUCUGCACCUUUGGCAGACCCUACGCUUCUCCCGCCUGCAGCCCUUGCGCCUUGCCCCGCUACAGCAAGAAGCUGUGGGACACCUGUGGGCCCUGCUAG